ACGCGAGCCCGGCGCACGGCUCCGCUGGCGGUUGGCGAGAGCGGGAGCGGGUGAGAGCCGGCGCCAUGGUGGAGAAGGAAGAGGCCAGCGGCGGCGGCGGCGGCAUCAGCGAGGAGGAGGCGGCGCAGUAUGACCGGCAGAUCCGCCUGUGGGGACUGGAGGCCCAGAAGCGGCUUCGAGCUUCCCGGGUGCUGAUUGUCGGCAUGAAAGGACUUGGGGCUGAAAUUGCCAAGAAUCUUAUCCUGGCAGGAGUGAAAGGACUGACCAUGCUGGAUCACGAGCAGGUAUCUCCAGAAGACCCUGGAGCUCAGUUUUUGAUUCAGACUGGGUCUGUGGGCCGAAAUAGGGCUGAGGCCUCUUUGGAACGUGCCCAGAAUCUCAACCCCAUGGUGGAUGUAAAGGUGGACACUGAAGAUAUAGAGAAGAAGCCGGAGGCAUUCUUCACUCAGUUUGAUGCGGUGUGCCUGACUUGCUGUUCCAGGGAUGUCAUUGUUAAAGUUGACCAGAUCUGUCACAGAAACAGCAUCAAGUUCUUCACAGGAGAUGUCUUUGGGUACCAUGGGUACACCUUUGCAAAUCUUGGAGAGCAUGAGUUUGUAGAAGAGAAAACCAAAGUUGCCAAAGUUGGUCAAGGAGUAGAAGAUGGACCUGAUACCAAGAGAGCAAAACUUGAUUCAUCUGAGACAACCAUGGUCAAAAAGAAAGUGCUUUUCUGCCCUGUAAAAGAGGCGCUGGAAGUGGAUUGGAGUGGAGAGAAAGCCAAAGCCGCCUUGAAGCGCACAGCCCCGGACUACUUUCUCCUGCAAGUGCUGCUGAAAUUCCGCACAGAUAAAGGGAGAGAUCCCAGUUCUGAGAGCUACAGUGAGGAUGCUGAACUGCUGCUGCAGAUACGAAAUGAUGUGCUUGACUCACUGGGCGUCAGUCCUGACCUGCUUCCUGAUGACUUUGUCAGGUACUGCUUCUGUGAGAUGGCCCCAGUAUGUGCUGUGGUUGGAGGGAUCUUGGCACAGGAAAUUGUGAAGGCCCUGUCUCAGCGGGACCCUCCUCACAACAACUUCUUCUUUUUCGAUGGCAUGAAGGGGAGUGGAAUUGUGGAGUGCCUGGGUCCCAAGUGAGGCUGAGGUAUGGCAGCCCAGAGGUGUGUGCGUGCCUGCUCCAAGCCCACCUGUCACCUGCCGGCUUCCCAAGAAGGCAUGUCUGAAUGACAAAGAUUUUUCUAAAGCAAGUAGGCCGGACUGUGUCCUGCUUUUGUCCUAGCAAGUGUCAGGGACCUGCUGGUUCUGGAAUACGACUAUCACAUAGCACCCCUCUGGCACUGCUCACGCUGCCAUUGGAGACUGGCAGUUCCUAGCAAGAGCAGCAUACUUCAUCAUGCUUCGUGAUGUCAGAGCUUCUUGCAACCUUUUGGAUUUAACCCUUUCUGUAACAGAACGGGGCGGGGCUUCAGCAGGGGUAUGAGGCCCAGAGCCUCUGAACCCCAGUGGAAGUGGACUUCUGCCAAACCCGAAGGACUGAGAGCAGCCCUCGGUUACUGAGCCUUCAUCAGGCUUGUAGCCUGGGCUUUGGGAAGGGAGGGGCUGUCACCUAGUAUCUUAGAAGUUAAACUUUCGUGGAACUGUUCAUUUCUUGUCUUUUGGUUGUGAGCCUAUGAGCCUAGCCUUUAAUGCCUGAGCCAUCUCUCAGCCAAAAAUUUUUAUUUCUAAAAAGGCAGAUUCAAUGCCAGGGACCAUGUAAUCCUAGAAAUUGGGAUGGAGGGUCAGGAGGGUUGUCUUAAGUUUCAAGGCCAAGUUGGUCUACAUAAUGUACCAAGAACCUGUCUCAAAAUAUAAUAAAAGGUGUGUUCCCGAGUUAGAGGUGGUCGCCUCUCCCAGUCCCUGUCUUGGGCACCCAGGUCCUCCAGUGGCAGGGCUGAGUUGGUUUGGUCUUCUCGAGGUGGGACAACUUGUCUUCUCCAGUUCAUAGAUUCCCUUGGUUGUUUGUGAGGAUUGAUAAUAAAGUAACAAUAAUUCUCUCAA